AUGAAGAGACACAUCGUCGACAACCCAUUUGUCAAGCCCGAGAACCAAUCCUGGGAACUGUCGCCUCCAGCGUCCCUCCAGCGAUCCAUCUCUCCUCCUCCCACGAAUAGGCAUCGUCAAGAAGACGAGGGGAAGAGAGCAGAAACCCAGUCCAGCUCUACUCUCAUUGCCACUCCAGCGUCCAUCAAGAACGGGAAGUCAGACACUGCUGCAGUCGAGGCGGGCGAGAUCCAAAUCGACGACCAUGUCUCUUUCUUCUCCGUCAAGCUCCUUGCCGCAAGGCGCCCUGAAAUCAAGGGCCAGCCUCGCCUUGCCCACGACCAAUGGCUGGAACUUUACCGGCGGAACCUGAACGACAGGGGGCACCACUUUGUAAUUCACCAGCACGAUCAUCCGGUCGCCGGGACACACUAUGACCUGCGGCUGCAAUGCAAUGCUACAAGCUCCAUCAGUUUCGCCAUCAUGUACGGCCUUCCCGGUGACCCCAACAGCAAGAGACUCAACCGAAACGCCACCGAGACUCGCGUGCACAAUCUAUGGAACCACCUGCUUGAAACGGCAUCCCAUGAGACCGGAACCAUGCUUCUCUGGGACACUGGUGAAUAUACCGUACUCCCAUACCCAGCUUCCGGCGCCAGGACUGCAAACAACGAGACCGACACGUCGACAAAUUCAGAUUCAGACUCGGAUCCGGACCCGGCCAGGGCAUACGAAGAGCCCGAACCCGCCAAACUCCAUAGCGCUUUCCAGAACCGCAAGAUCAAACUACGUCUGAACGGCACACGUCUACCAGGGAAUUACACCAUCAGUCUCCGCCUCCACCCGGAGAACGAUCGGGUCGGUCAACCCGAGCCACCCUCAUUCAAACGACGGCGGACCAAUCCAUCCUCUUCCGCAACAGCACGAAGUCGACGAGCUGGACCUCGCGCUCGACCACAAGCUCAAGUCGACACAACAUCAGACUCAAGCCGGUCGUCUUCGCCCGAUCAUCCAGAUCCCGAUUCCGAAGACGACGCCCAGAAGAAGCCGACCAGACGGCUUGCACGCACGAACAGCACCGUCCCAUCGUUACAUCGCACGGCCUCCCCGCCGACACUCACUCGAGUCAAGUCAAGCAUUGGACGUCAAAUGACGGAUUCAAACCCGGCAAACGCAUCAACGAAAGCAACCCCCGAUAGUCUCAACAACCCGUCCAGCACUCUGCAAGGAGGUAUACUUCACGGCAACAACCACGACGACAAGAAUACCAAAAGCAGUGCAAAGUCCAACAAAGUCCAGCAAUCUGUUGACGUGGAUCAAGAUGAAGAUGCGCAGAUCCGUCGGAACAACGCCUACCCGGGCGCCACCAACAGCAUCAACAGCAUCCACCAACGCCGCUGGUUCUUGUCCCUCGACCGAGCGGCCAGCGGAUUUCAGCCGACCAACGAAAUGGCUUUUGGCCGUCGCAUUUGGGAACGCUUCCCGAUCGGGACAAGGAUCCUGGGAGACGCUACGAGUACUACCCAAGGCAGACCUCGAAACGCACAGUCUUCCACGUCGAUGCCAACAUCAAUGUUGGCCAACGGAGAAUCAUUACCCCUGGCCGGCUUUGAGCCCUUCUAUGUUCUCGGUCGGGACGUGGAGACGAGUAUUGUCACCGGCCGCACGGCGGCAGAUGUGGCCCGGGACGAGGGAUUGGUGGGAUACAGGCCGCGCGGAGGGUGGAGGCCGGUCACGGAUUGA